AUGACUACUCUUCCCGAACCGUUGUUGGCCGCCAAGGGCCAGUGUCGCAUCGCACACUACUCCGGUACAAUCCGCGCGGUCAACUACAAAUUCAUUUCCGUCGAAGACUCUACCUCAAGCGGCUAUUCAUCGAACACAUCCACACCAGACGAGUCACCCUCAGACGAGAACUCAACAAGUGACGACAUCCCAGCGUUGAUCUUGGAGAAGAGCUUUGAUUUCGAGUUACUCUCAAGUGAAGCCAUGUCGGAAGAUUACAGCACAGACGAGUACAGCACGGACGAGUACUCUUCAGACGAGGACCUUCUGUCGCUGCUUCCUGAUGAAGAUUCCGAGGACAUGCAAGACCAUCAGAUGUGGAGUCCAUCUCGCCGUCCACCCAAGCUCUGGGCUCCAGGUCAAGAGAAAUGGUUCACAGCACCGCUCCCGGACUCUCCUCCAACAUCCGACCCUACCCUGCACUCUAUGGAUUCCAGACUCCCGAGCACGACCACCAAUCAAGCAAACAAGACCAUACAACAAGAUCUCGCGCGCGUGCAUGCGGCGCUCAACAAGCAAGCUCCUAGCGACCCUCUUCCUCAGGACCCGCCCAACAGGAAAUAA